AUGUCAAAAAAAUCAUUGGACUAUGACCAAAUUAAUGAGAAUGUCAAGAAGGCCCAGUAUGCUGUGAGGGGUGAGCUGUAUCUUCGUGCUUCAGAGCUUCAAAAAGAGGGCAAGAAGAUAAUCUUCACAAAUGUGGGGAAUCCUCAUGCUUUGGGACAGAAGCCUCUAACAUUCCCUCGCCAGGUGGUUGCCCUUUGCCAGGCUCCAUUUCUUCUUGAUGAUCCAAAUGUAGGACUUCUGUUCCCAGCUGAUGCAAUUGCAAAAGCUAAACUGUAUCUUUCUUAUACAUCAGGGGGUCUAGGUGCUUAUAGUGAUUCUCGUGGCCUUCCUGGAAUAAGGAAAGAAGUUGCUGAAUUCAUUGAGAGACGUGAUGGGUAUCCAAGUGAUCCAGAACUCAUAUAUCUCACUGAUGGUGCCAGUAAAGGAGUAAUGCAGAUUUUGCAAACAGUUAUUCGUGGUCCAGGUGAUGGGAUUUUGGUUCCAGUCCCUCAGUAUCCACUGUACUCAGCUGCCAUAUCUCUGUAUGGUGGUUCUCUUGUUCCAUAUUUCCUUGAAGAGACUGCUAAUUGGGGUCUUGAUAUCCACAACCUUCGCCAAUCAGUUGCAGAAGCCCGUUUCAAAGGAAUAACUGUAAGGGCAAUGGUGAUCAUAAACCCUGGAAACCCAACUGGUCAAUGUCUUAGUGUGGAUAACCUGCAACAAAUACUCAGAUUUUGUCACCAAGAAAGCUUGGUUUUGCUUGGAGAUGAAGUUUAUCAGCAGAAUGUUUAUCAAGAUGAACGACCAUUUAUAAGCUCUAGAAAGGUAUUGUUUGACAUGGGUGGAGCAAUUAGCAAGGAGCUAGAGCUUAUUUCUUUCCACACUGUGUCCAAAGGAUUCUUAGGUGAAUGUGGACAACGUGGUGGAUACUUUGAGAUGACAAACAUCCCUCCCCAGACAGUUGAUGAAAUAUACAAGGUUGCAUCGAUUUCACUCAGUCCCAAUGUUCCUGGGCAGAUAUUUAUGGGGACAAUGGUGAGCCCCCCAAAGCCUGGUGAUAUCUCGUAUGAGCAGUUUCUUAGAGAGAGCAAGGGUAUCCUUGAAUCUCUAAGGAAGAGAGCACACAUGAUGACAGAUGGAUUCAACAGUUGCAAAAAUGUUGUUUGUAAUUUCACUGAAGGCGCCAUGUAUUCGUUCCCACAAAUAAAGUUACCCCCAAAAGCAAUUGAAGCUGCAAAAAGCGCUGGAAAAGUUCCUGAUGUUUUCUAUUGCCUCAAGCUCUUGGAAGCCACUGGCAUUUCUACUGUCCCUGGUUCAGGCUUUGGCCAAAAAGAAGGGGUUUUCCAUCUGAGGACAACUAUCUUGCCUGCUGAGGAGGACAUGCCUGCAAUCAUGGAAAGUUUCAAGAAGUUCAAUGAUGGUUUCAUGGAGCAAUACGAAGACCAAAGAGGCUACUCAAGGAUGUAAGUAAGGUAUCCAUAUAUACAUAUAAUAUACUCUUAUGGUAUUAUAUGUGCGUGUGUAUAGUGGCUGGCUAUUUGGUGUUUGUUAUUAUUUCACUUCUGUAUCUAUUAUACUCUAUUGAUGUGGUGUACUCUCUUCUACUCCCUUCAUUCACAUCAUUAAUUAACCAUGUUUCCAUAUGUUCCAAUUCUAUUGUUUAUGUUAUUCACAAUCACAAGUAUGUGCAAAUUGUUAUUAAUCAC